AUGUCCGUCAUUGACCAUCCUCUUUCAUUAUUACCGAACACGGUCUGGCGGGAACGGCGAUCUUUUGCCUACUAUUUCCAAAACGCUGCAUCCUCUAUCGGCGGUGGAUUGGAUGGUGAAUUUUGGGACACUAUCGUUCCACAGGUUUGUCGGCGUGAACCCGGCGUGUGGGACGCCAUUAUCUCCAUUAGUGCACUAUUCGAGAGUCCUGAGCCAUGUCCAGAACUCUUUUCUAUACGCGGGGGGUAUUCUCGCUCUUCCAGCUCCUUUGCUCUCAAUCAGAACCACCAAGAUGCAUUGGGCUGGUACUCGCGCUCGGUUUCUGCUAUCCGCCAGAGGAUUGAGAGUGGUCGCUUGGACGUUUUUGUCGGGCUGAUUACUUGUAUACUAUUUAUCUGCAUCGAGGCCCUCCAGGGAGGUGUGGAGGAGGCCUUGCAGCUUUAUAGCCAGGGCGUGCGUCUUCUUCUCUCUUUUCGUGCGCAAAUAGCUUGCGGAACAGUGCCAGCAAUGGAAGCUUCCUGGUUUGAAGGUACAAUCGUCCCAAUCUUCACCCGUCUAGGAUCACUCGCUCUCCCUCUCACUAGGCCGCUGUUGAGCAUUUUACUAUCACACACCGAAUACACAUUGGCGCAGCAAUUUGAUUCCCUCAGGUCUGCCCGAGAAGCCCUCGUCCUCCUUAGCGCAGAAGUCCAGCUCUUCCAAUCCACAUGUGUUGAGUAUGUACGAGAGCACGGCACCUCAAACAUACCCCAGGACUUAACGACCCAACAAAAAAUGCUAUUAGCCAAGCUAAAGAGCUGGAACACUGCCUUUAUCAUUUUGAUGGAGCUCCUUCGCUCCAAAAGGCUAUCCCCACUACAAAUCAGCAUCAGUGCUCUAUUCAUCGCUCAUCACGAAGUGCUAUACAUAAUACUCCCAACCACCCUCACAACAUCCCAAAUCAUAACCGACGCUUAUAUACCAAACUUCCAAACCAUAGUGGACAAGUCAUCCAUCGCUCUCAACGCUACCGCCCGACCAGACGGCACACAACCACCAUACACAUUCGAGAUUAGCAUCGGUGGCCCGCUCUGGUUUACCUGUCUCAGAUGCCGUGAACCUAGAAUUCGACGUACAGCCCUAUCCCUACUACGCCGCGCACCGCUGGUCCAUGGAUUUUACAAGACCAAAUCUGCAAUCACAUUCAGCGAACGGGUGAUGGUGCUAGAGGAAACAUACGGAGUGGCAAUGAACGCAAGUCGCAAUACCACACCAAGAUCGCCUGCAUCCCAGUCGACCUAUAGCGAGGUUCCCAGGCUCGACCUGGCCAAGUUUCUCGAAGACUUUGAAUAUCCCACGAGUCUGGAUACAAUGCCUACGGAGCUGGGAUCGAUGCCGACGUCGGAACUCAUUCCGGAAGAGGCGCGUAUGGGACCUAUCAACGUCUUUCGACCGAGAGACGGGCUUCCGCCGGGGACGACGGAGAAAGAUCUCGUGAAGUGGAAUCUGAGUGCGGAUCAGGUCUUUCUGAGGUUUUCGUGGAAUAGACGUGAUGUGGAUAGUGAUUCUUGGCAGAUAGUCCACGAAAAUAUCCCGCUUACGCUUUAG